AUGGAGGCUGUCGCUGCGGCAGCCAGUAUUGCGGGCAUCAUCACCCUGGUACUCCAAAGUGUGGAUGGACUCAUCAAAUUCAAGGAGAUCAUGUCCGAUUCAGCCUUUGCCUCUAAACAAAUCAAUGGCUUAUUGGGCGAUAUUAAUUCUUUGAUCCAAGUCCUCAAUAAUGUGCGAGAUGUGCUGGAGCAAUUUGAAGCACAGAAGAAGAACAAAAAUUUUGCUCAGUUGGACAUCAAACUCGCCGAUUGCUCAAAAGAUAUUCAUGUUUGGCUCUCCACUGCCAAACUACUUCGCCCAUCAAGCGAAUCUGGUGGGAAGGCUUUACUGAAAAAAUUUCGUUUGGCUAUGAAUAAAGACGCGAUUCAAGCCAUUAAAACAGAGAUCAAUCGCCACAGACAGGUUAUGCUACUCAGUCUGGCUAUUCUUGGAAGAACCAUCGACUUAGACACUUCAGAUCAAGUUUAUCUGCUGAACUCCUCGGUCUCACAAAACCUGCAAAGUAAUGAUGCACAAGAGGCGGCUUUGAGAAGGAUUGAGAAUUACUCUAGAGCGAGCCUGCACAGUGCCAGUCAUAGCAUCAGCAGCAUGGACAAUAUUCGAAGCGAGCUCUCUCGAAUUGAAUCACUGAUCGUCAACUCAAGUCGUAAUGGAGAUGCAGACUCUGCAACUGACUUAAGCAGGGCACCUAGAACACAGGCCAUGGUCCAGGAAAACGCAGGUGCAACCACUCCAACUCAGCCAAUCACUUGCGAAAGUAAAGAAACGCAGGCUCUUAACGACUCUGAAAGCUUUCAGCCUCGCACUUUGGCAAGAGGAGAUCAUUAUGAAAGCAGCCUCCUGUAUGCGUCGUUCUCAGCUUCAACAAGCCACCGUGUAACGCUGCAGAACGAGUAUUACAAUGGUGACAAGCCUAGUUGUAUUGGCCAUUACAGUGAUCUACAGCAAUUGCUUUCGCAGAUGUACCCUCCUUGUGUGGCCGAUUAUGUGUCUCUGCAUCAACUGCAUGUGCUCUCCGAGAACCAUCUGACACUGCUACACCAAGCUUCAAACAUUCGUCUAGGUCUUGAAAAUUGCUCGCACAGGCGGUCGGGACAUACAAGUCCCUCUUUAGAUAUUAUUGAUAAGCUCCAAGCCAAGAAAAGCAACUUGCAAUAUGCUGUCUGGGGUUCUCGGGAGCAAUGCGCUCGAGAAGGAUAUUCUCUUUCAGCAAUAGACGAGAUACUUGGUCAAGUAAUGGGAACUGUUCGAGACGUCCACGAGUGA